CAGUUAUCUGCAAAACACUCAUUUAUUGUCUUUUCAUCUCUCUCUGCAAUCUCUAUGUUCUGUUCCAGCUCAUCCUUGCCACGUGGGAAGGAGGCUACAACUUGCAGUGCCAGAACCUCCACAGCGCAGGGGAGGCCGACAUCCGGGUAGCCGAGGUGCUGUGGUGGUAUUAUUUUUCCAAAGUAAUUGAAUUCAUGGACACUAUCUUCUUUGUACUGAGAAAGAAAAGCAGCCAGAUCACCUUCCUUCACGUGUAUCACCAUGCCACUAUGUUUAACAUUUGGUGGUGUGUUCUGAACUGGAUACCUUGUGGACAAAGUUUCUUUGGACCCACUUUGAAUAGUUUUAUCCACGUGCUCAUGUAUUCUUAUUACGGACUGUCAGUCAUCCCUUCUAUGCGCAAGUAUCUGUGGUGGAAGAAAUACCUCACUCAGGCACAAUUGAUCCAGUUUCUGCUCACUAUUGUGCACACACUCAGCGCAGCUGUGAAGCCAUGUGGAUUCCCAUUUGGCUGCCUCAUGUUUCAGUCCUCCUACAUGGCCACACUGGUCGUUCUCUUCAUAAACUUCUACAUUAAGACAUACCGGAAAGCACCUGCAAGAACAGCUAUAAAGGAAACCCCUGUCACAACAGAAAUAAAGAACGGUUUCCAUAAGGACUACUUAGCUGCUGCCAAUGGAUUCCUGAACAAUAAGAAAGAACAAUAAUUAUAGUAUUUCCUAUGAUUUAAAAAAAAAAAAAAAGAAAGAAAAAGACUGAAUUACAAGCUUUAGCUUAAAACCUGUUUGGUUACGUUUAUCAGUUCUUUGUACCAGACACUUGUUAAUGUACCACUAUUUAGGUUUUAACAAAACUAGUAGAAUUACUUGUCCUGUCAAAGAUCACCAUCGGAACAAAGAAGGCCAAGAUCUUUCUCAUAUGAAAAAGAAAACCUUUCUGAUCUCUAACGCUGACACAAAAACGCCUUAUAAAACACUUGAUGCAUAAAUCCAUCAAUGCCUUCAAAAAGUUAGGACUCUGUUCAGACUAACACGGUGAGCACUUUUUGUGCAUGCGGGAGGUCUUGAGGCAAGGCUUCGCAGUGCACCCAACACGUUCAGCUAAACCAUGGCCAAGGUCAGGAAAAGGAAGGGAGAGAAAAGAAAAAAAGGUGAGAAUCAUAUCUUUUCCAUCACCAUACCCCUCUCUGCUUCUUCCCA